ACAUACAUUGGCUGUGCUCUUUUUGAUCCACUCCUCCUCCUCCUUCUCCUCCUGGUCGUGUUGUUGACGGAUCAUCUGACACCUCCCUCAGGAGGACUCUCAUCCCCCUCCAUCCAUCCGUGCAUCCAUCGCGGUGGGCGGUGCACUAGCGCGCAGCUCGUGCAGCUUGUGCGCAUGCUUCCUUUCAUGUGAGCAGAUCUUCCAUCCGCGCGCGAGGUUGAUGUCACUCUCUGACUGAUAACACAAUUCCUGAACCGAGACGGACCGGACCGAGCGGGCGGCAUCAUGAGCAAAGUGCAGGGAGGGAUGAAAUUCGUCAAAUAUCUCCUCUUCGUCUUCAACUUCAUCUUCUGGGUUUCGGGCCUGUUGGUGCUGGCGGUAGGACUAUGGCUCCGGUUUGACCCGAGCACAGUGCAACUUCUGACCGGUGAUGGCGCCCCGGAGAACUACUUUUUAGCUGUGUACAUCCUUCUCGCUGCAGGAGGGCUAAUGAUAAUCGUUGGGUUCUUUGGUUGUUUUGGAGCCAUACGAGAAUCUCAGUGUCUUCUUGCCUCGUUCUUCACUUGCCUCCUGAUAAUCUUUGGAGCUGAGAUCACGGCUGGAGUUUUUGGAUUCCUGAACAAAGAAGUGAUUUCAGAGGAAGUCCAAAACUUCUACACCAGCUCCAUUGCCGGAGACAACAAUUCCAACGGCACGGCAGUCGCUGCCAUUUAUCACAAAGCUCUGAAUUGCUGUGGAACUUCUAGCGAGGGAAUGUCUAGCUCCCUUUGUGAAAAUGAGCCCGCAGACACCCAGGACUGCCAGAAGGCAAUAUCAGACUUCUUCAAUGAAAAGCUGUACAUCAUCGGCUAUAUUGGCAUUGGUACUGCUGGAGUAAUGAUCAUCGGGAUGAUCUUCAGUAUGGUCCUAUGCUGUGCCAUCAGAAACAGCAGGGAGGUGAUAUAGAUGCUGAUCUCAUCCUCCCCGUCUACACACCUACCCGACUACCACCGCCCUCCUCCAACCCCCUCAUAAUCAAUGCGUCCGCUAGAGGAGGAGAACACCAAAGUUACAUUUCAACAGCAUCCACGCCCACAUUUCACUGAUGAGGAGUUUGGCCAGACACGACACGCUGGAUCCGUUUUUCCUCACGUCUUUCUCGCCGUUCUCACAAACAGAUCCACAUCGGCCCUUUUCUCCCAAAAACAGGCUCUACUUUUAUCACGGCUCCGCAACAUUCCUUUCUGUUUAACAUCCUUUUGUGAAACCGCUGGUGCUCUGCAGAGGUUUUGCAGACUGUAGCUACAUCUCAGUACAUGAAGCCGACUUUGACACAGGAAUGUUGUGACUGAGAAGUAUUGCUGUAAAUAUGAACGUCGUGUUCACAUCUGCUGUUAACAUUAUUUAUUCUGUGUGCUUUGUUGCCGUCUUAGGCUAACCGGGUCAUCAGUUGUGUGCUUCAGUGUUUGGAGGACUAGCCUUUGCAGAGUCAGUUUUAUGAGCAUGUGCCUACAGGGAAGCCUUCAGCUUCCCAACUAUUAGCCAAUUUCCUCCCAGUUUCUAGACGAUGACUAUGCUUGCUCCCCGCUUUCACUACCAAAUAUUUCUACCGUAAAGCACAAUAGAAGGCAUUUAGAAAUCAUAUCAACCCAAAGGGUUAGAAAGGUCCGAUGACAAACUGCUUCUUUUGUAAAUCGCAAGAAAGAUCACUAACUCUGCGCUGAGCUCUUUUGGAGCUUUUUUUUAAAACUAUAACAACCAGCUAGUUUGCAUUUUGUGUGAGUUAUUUUAGAUGUAAAUGUUGGUGUGCCAAUGACAUGUGAAGUAUAGGGUAAUAUAGCUGAUGUCAUACAUGUUAACUGAAAUAAAACGUCUGGGUGCUUUUGA